GUACCAUUUAACAUUGAAUUGUGUGUAUGGCUCCUAUGUUUGAGUAAAACCUAUUACUUUGGUUAUAGUCUUCUGAAACUUGCUUUCACUAAAUGCUAUGUUUCUAAGUAACUAAUAAUUCUUUACUGCUUGUGUAAUGCUGGUUGACUAUAAUGCUGUUUACUUGUGUUUCUGUCGGUGGGCAUUUUGACUGUUCUGUUUUCCCACAAGAAAUGUAACCAGCACGCCCACUUGGAAGAACUAUGGUAUAACUGCAAGUAGGAAAGCAAAAGAAUAGUUUAAAUGCUGGAAAAGCCUCUUUUAAUUCCACUGCUCCUCUGUCCACUUGUUUAGGAAAUGGUAUCAUUUGUUUUUUCAUCUGUUAAUUAUUAGUGUUUAUAGUUAACUUUUAUUCAACUCAAUUGUGUGAUAAAACUAGCUAUAAUACCUACAACGACUUGACACCUAUUUACUUGUGUGGGUGCAUGUGCCAUGGCACAUGUAGGGUACCCAAGGACACAUGUGGAUAGGGGAUUGGGCUCUGGUUGUCACGCUUGGUGGCAACCCCCGCCCAAUGAGCCAUCCUGCUGACCUAGUUAUACAUUUGGAAGAAUCAUAGUUUUACUUUAAAAUGUCUUUAUGAUACUUUAGAAAUUUAUCCUUUGCAAUGCUGAACUCUUUUCAGACUUCUUUAGUAGCUCAGGGAAAUUGCAUAAGUUUCAAAGUCUUUUUAGUGCUUUGUGAAUAGGUUGGAGUGCCCAGCAUCAUAAGCUAUUGGUUAGGAGUGGAACUGCUGGAUUUUAGGGGUAUGGAUGUUCCACCUUAUGAAGUGGUUUCAAAUUGGCUCUGAAGUGGUUGUGCCAACUUGUAUUUUAGCUAAUAGCUUUGUCAAUUUAUGUACCUUGAUCAGCAUUAUAUGAGAGUUAUAGGCAACCUGUUCAACACUUGUUAUCUUAGAUUUUUUUGUAUUUGCCAGUAGUAUUUGGUGUAUCUUUUUUUUGGUUCUUUUUUUUCGGAGCUGGGGACCAAACCCAGGGCCUUGCGCUUCCUAGGUAAGCGCUCUACCACUGAGCUAAAUCCCCAGCCCCCUUUUUUGUGGUUUAAAUUUGCAUUUAUUAAUGAGAUUGAGAAUAUUUAUUUAUUCAUCAGGUGUUUCCCUUCUGUGGAAAACAUGGCCUUGUUUUUUCACCCACUUUUAAAGAGUACUGAAUUGUCUUUUAAAGCUACAGACUGGUAGCACUUUUUAUUAAAUGUGCAUUGAAAAAACUCAGAGCAUGUGACACAAGUUUUCUACCACUAAACUACAUCAUACAACCCAAUUCUUAAAUUUUUUUUCUUUUUUUUCAGAGCUGGGGACUGAACCCAGGGCCUUGCGCUUGCUAGGCAAGCGCUCUACCGCUGAGCUAAAUCCCCAACCCCCCAAUUUUUAAUUUUAAUAUAAUCUAAUGGAAGUGUCCCCUGCUCUGGACUUACUAAGAUGUCCACUAUGUUCCUUUUUAGACAUUUUAGGUUCUUUUUUUUUUUUUUUUUUUUUUUUCCGGAGCUAGGGACCGAACCCAGGGCCUUGCACUUCCUAGGUAAGCGCUCUACCACUGAGCUAAAUCCCCAGCCCCGUUUUUAGACAUUUUAAAAGAUGCAUUUCUCACUUAAAUUCAUAAUCCAGUUAAAUUCAUAAUCAGUUUUUGUAUAUGAGGUGAGCUAGUGACUCAUAUCCAUUCAUCUUGUCCCAUGUGGCUCACCUUUUUAAAAAUUUUUUUUUUUUUUUUAUUUACUCAUUUAUUAUAUAUAAGUACACUGUAGCUGUCUUCAGAUACACCAGAAGAGGGCAUCAGAUCUCUUUACAGAUGGUUGUGAGCCACCAUGUGGUUGCUGGGAAUUGAACUCAUGACCUCUGGAAGAGCAGUCGGGUACUCUUAACCACUGAGCCAUCUCUCCAGCCCUCACCUUUUCUAUUCUAUAGAUGGAAUUCGACUUCUGUUUACCAGAGUGUAGCAUCUUACUUGCCUGCUGAGUGUUUUUCUAUGUGUGGAUCUGUUUCUGGCUUGUUUUUUUGUUACCUCAUUUUAUCUGUAUUGGUACCUACUCUUUCUUUACCACUACUGUAGCUUUUACCUGAAAUCUGGUAUAUUUGUUUGUUUGUUUGUUUGGUUGAUUUGGUUCUUGGACAUAAUUAGGGUCAUAUUGUGAAGAACGGUAUUCGUUAAGUGGUGCUUGUGAUUCAACCCAGGGCCUUGUGAGUGCUAAUCAGUUACUGUACCAUUGACCUUCUUAGCCCUUCAGUAAUCCAGCCCAGGAAACUCUUGAGUCUCAUGGUUUAAGAAGAAUCAGUCUUUUUUGGUCCUUUUUUUUUUCCCCAGAGCUGGGGACUGAACCCAGGGCCUUGCGCUUCCUAGGUAAGCGCUCUAACCACUGAGCUAAAUCCCCAGCCCCAAGAAGAAUCGGUCUUAAAAAACCCUUUGGGGCCUAAGUAAAAUCAAUCCAAUCAGUUUUGUGGAGACUUGAAAUUGGUUGCUGUUAUAAACAGAACAUUUUUUCUGCUUUGUAUUUUAAUUUUCAUACUUUGGAACUCCAUCUUUUUUUUUGUCAUUUGCAAUGGUGAUAUUUAGGUCUUUUCCUUUUCAAUUUAUUGUGUGUGUUUUCAUGUUCUGGCAUACUUUUAAAGAUUUAUUUAUUUAUUUAUUUCAUGUAUGUGGGUUCACUUCCUCUGUCUUCAGACACACCAGAAGAGGACAUCAGAUCCUAUUAAUGAUGAUCGGGAGCCAGCCACCAUGUGGUUGCUGGGAAUUGAACUCAGGACCUCUGGAAGAGCAGUCAGUGCUCUUAACCACUGAGCCAUCUCUCCAGCCCCUGGCAUAUUUUUAAACAUGUGUUCAGUUGAAGUGGUUAUGAUUGUUCAUUAGAAGUAAUUAUAGUAGUACACACACUCAUUUCCAAUGUCAAAGAAGCGGAUUAACUGUUAAUAGCAUUUGUGGAGGUUUUGUAGAUUACUUACCAUGUUAGGGGAGGCUUUCCCAUUUCGUCACAUGGCUUUCUGCAUCUUUUCUCCAGUCCAUCAAAUGAAAUUAAUUAUAAAUUACAUUUAAAAAAUAUUUUUACUUUAUAUAUAUAUGGAUGUAUUACUUGCAUUUGAUGUCUUGUGUACCACGUCUGUGCCUGGUGUCCACAAAGGCCAGAAGAGGGCGUCGGAGGUAAAGGCAGUCGUGAACCAUCAUGUGGGUGCUGAGAAUUGAACAAAAGUAACUAGAACGUUCAAUUGGAGCCAUCUCUCUGGCCCUUCAAAUUACAGGUUUUAAUUACAUUUUUAUUUUACCUUAUUUUUCUGGAGAUAGAUCCAAAUUGGCCUUAAUAGGUUGUCUAUUUAAUGGUACUACUGUUUGAUUUUUGUUUUGUUUUGUUUGAGACAGCAUUUCGUAGUGUAGCUUGCUUUGAGUGUCCUAGAACUAGCUGGGUAGACCAGGCUAGCCUGAACUCACAGAGAGAUCUGUCUGCCUGUGCCUCCCAAGUGCUGGGGGGUUAAAGGCAUGUGUUACUUCCACCUGGCUUGAUCAUGUCUUAUCUAGGAUUUUGUACCUGGUUAUAAACAGACCCCUCCCCCAUUUCUAUUUUUGACAAGGGGUCUCACUCUCUGGCCUGGAAGUCUUGAUACAGGUCAGGGUGGCAUCAAACUCAAGAGAUCCAUUUGCCUCUGUUUUGUGAGUGCUGAGAGCAAAGGUGAGGCCCCCCCAUGAGGCUUCUCAUUUUUUCUGCUUUGAUUGAUUGAUUUUGGUGUUAAGGUCACAAUCGUCUACCAAGUGAGUUACUGAGUGGUUAGUUUGGAUUAUAGUUUGUUAAAAAUCUUGGUGCAUCUUAUGUACAAAAUGACUUGGAUGUAUAGUCUUUUUGUAUAUGCACAUUUGGCAGCAGUUGUACUGAAAUAGAAUUGUUCUGUUUUCCAUUUCUUUCAAUUCUAUUUUGGUAGUUUCAGAAAUUUGUUUAUUCACCAAAAAUUUAAAUUUAUUAGUAUCAAAUUCAUGCCAUUUUAAUGACUUAUAAUUUUUUUUUGUUUUGCAUGCUUGGCUUUUAUUUUCUCUCUCCUUGUUUAGAAUAUUAUUUAUACUGUCCCUGUCUUUUUGUUGUGUGACACUGGGGCUCAUUCCUGUAGUCUGGACUGGCCUAGAACUCAAACACAGGGUAUCCUAUCGUCUCUACUUCUUGGGUGCUGAGAUUACAGGCCUGUGUCACCAUAACUGGCUCUUUUUUCUUGUUUAGUCUUGUCAGACGUUUAUCUGUUUUAUUAAUAUUGGCAUAGGAGUAAUUUUAUCUUCUUUUUUUAUUUCAUUGUUGUUAAAUACACAGCUUUUAUUUCAUUGUUUUGAUUUCUUAACCAUGUUGUCAGAAUGUGGUCUGCAUUUCAUUUUGCCCCUGAAAAACAGUUUUUACCCAUGUUUUAUGGUGUUAUUCAUAUAAAAUUUAAUAGUUGCUUAUGAUAAAUAAUUUUAAUGUUUUAUGUGUAUGUAUGAAGUCUGUGUAUUCGGUGAUUGUUAUAUAUCUGUUAGGUAAAAAAUAGAAAUUGUAUUGUUCAGUCUUUUUUUUUUUUUUUUCCAUUUUUAUCCUAUUUACCCACAACUUUUCAUACUUCUUCAGUGGGCCAGACUAGGGUUAAGCUGAACAGGGUCAUCUUGGCCUGCUCAUUUGACCAGGCUGAUUGUCAUGAGUUUAGGAGUCUGAGAAUACUGGUACCCAGGACUUGUUAGUAGUUCAGCAGUUUCUCUUGUUGUGUCUGUUGAGACUCCUUUAUUAGAUGCAUGCAAGCUUAACAUUGAUUUCUUAGUGAAUUGGACUUUUGCCCUAUUUUUGUCUAUCCUAAACUGUUUAAAAGUCUCAUUGGUAGAAAUUACCCAGAAUAUUAUUUAUUUUUACUUACUUAUUUAUUUAAUUUUUAAAAACUGGCUGUUUUAGUUUCUUUACAAGUUAAGCUUUUUUUUUUUUUAAUUUAAGUCAAAUAAUUUAUUAGCACAUAGAACCCUCCAGAAAAAGGGUUAGGUUUUUUUUUUAAAUAUUUAUUUUAUGUAUGUGAAUACGCUGUUGCUCUCUUCAGACACACCAGAAGGCAUCAUAUUCCAUUACAGAUGGUUAUGAGCCACCAUGUAGUUACUGGGAAUUGAACUCAGGACCUCUGGAAGAGCACACAGUGCUCUUAACCGCUGAGCCAUCUCACCAGCCUCUUUAGGUGUUUCUUUCUUUCUUUUUUUUUUUAAUGUUUAUUUAUUUAUUAUUUUACAAGUACACUGUAGCUGUCUUUCAGACACAUCAGAAGAGGGCAUCAGGUCUCAUUACAGAUGGUUGUGAGCCACCAUGUGGUUGCUGGGAUUUGAACUCAGGGCCUCUGGAAGAGCAGUCAGUGCUCUUAAGCACUGAGCCAUCUCUCCAACCCCCAGGUGUUUCUUAUAAAUAAUAUAUUUUUGGAUUUUCCUUUUUGACCCAUCAGACAAUAUGUCUUGUAAUUCUUAAGUUUAGAAAUUCCUGUUUAAUUCAAAUAUCUUGGUGGUCAACUCAUUUCUUUCUAAAACCAUUUUUAUUUUACCUUUGAAUUUGAGAAGUCAUUUUGAUUUAGUUCAAGGCUCUUAAAAUAUCUUUUCCGUUAGUAUAGCAAAGAUGCAGUCUUUUUCCAGUUUAUUUAGUUUUUUGAAGGAAAUAUUGUUUUAUUUUAGCUACAUUUGAUUGUCUUUGUGAGUGUCUCAUUUUACUCCUAAGUUUAAAUAUACUACUUGUAUUAUUCAAGGUUCUCUAAAGGGCCAGGAAAGCAGACACACCCAGACACACACAUACACACACACACACACACACACACACACACACACACACACACACACAUGAACAAGGUAGGGGGAGAGUGUGUGUGUCUGUGUAUUUUAAAGGGGGAUUUGUUAGAGUGGUAGCCAACAGUAGCUGUCUCCCCGUUGAAAGGCCUAGAGUGUAGUUGUUCAGUCCCUGUUCAGUGCUGGAUGUUUGAGCACUCUCUCUAGUGCAGGAGUUCUGAAGGGUUCUUAGAAACCUGCUGGUCUUCAGUCUACAUUGGAAUUCAAGGGCGUAGGUUCUAAUACCAGCAAAGGAAUGCCUCAGUAACAGGACAGAUGAGUUUGCCAGCUAGAGUGAGAGCAAGCAGGCAAAAGCACACGCAGGCCUUUCCAUCUUCCAUGUCUCAGGCUGCCAUUAGAAGGUGUGGCCUGGAUUCAGGAUUGGUCUUCCCAUCUCAAUUAAUUCAAUCAUAAAAUCCCUCACAAGUAUGCCCAGAUGCUUGAGUUUUUUUUUUUUUUUUUUGAAUCUAAAAUUGUUUAUUCGAGGGUCUGGAGAUGGCUCAGCAGUUAUAAGCACUGGCUGAUGCUUGAGUUUUAAUUAAUUCCACAUAUGGUCAAGUUUAUAACCAAAAUUAGCCACCACUAUUUUUAAGAAUUUUAAGAGAUGUUUUUUACAUGUAUAUUUGUGUGAAUAUAUGCUACAUGGAUUCAGGUGCCUCUGGAGAGGAACAGGGCAUUAGACUCUCUGCAGCUGCGCUCCAUUCAGCUAAUGUGGAUGCUGGGAACUGAAUGCAGGUCCUCUGGAAAACCAAGUGCUCUUAAGUGCUCAGCUGCUUUUCUAGCUCCUGCUCUUUUAAUAUAAAAUUUUGAUACAUCGUCUUUCUUCAGUCUGAAUUUUGCCUUUCAUUAAGUCUACAAGAUUGUGAGUCCUAUUUAAAUAACAUCUGGUUUUUAUCUGUGUUUAGAGGUUUUUAACUGGAAGAGAGUGCAUUCAUCCUUCUGGGUUACUGUUCCUCUUUCAUUUUGCUCAUGUCUUCUUUUCAUCUUGGUCCUAGUAGUUUCAACCAGUGCAUCAUUUAGUUAACCAGUUUUCUUUUCCCUGUGCAAGUCCUUUCAAUUUGAACUUUUUACUUUUAACACCUAUCUAUCUAUCUACCUAUCAAUCUAUCUGUAAUUGUAUUUGUUGAGACAAGGUUAACCCUCAAGUUAACCCUGCAUUUGUACCUUUUUCUACCUCUCCCGAGUUGCUGAAAUUACAGGCAUGUAAUUUCCUGGCUUAUUUUUAAAAGUUUGAUGUGGUUCCCUUUGCAUCAUAUUUAGUCAUCCUUUAGUGUAAUGUUUGUGUUCCAUUUUUAAAUCUGUAGCUGUUCUGUAUUCUGUAUUUGGCCAUCUCAGUGGGGGUUUCUAACGUAACUUCUUUUGUUGUCUCUGUCAUGAUGGAUUGAUUGCUACAUCCUUGCUUGGUGUGAUUGGUUAUGUACUGUUGGAUUCAUCUUUGUGAGAAUUUGAAUCUAAAAUUGGGAGAAAAAAUAUAUAUAUUCUGUAUCAGUCAGUUUUGGCUAGAGUCAGAGAUGGGCUGGAACUAUUCUCAAGUUACACUCGGGCUCCUGACCCAGGGUUUACCACUCUGCUCCAUGUGGCUUUUGGUAGCACUGUCUCUAGCUCUUAGAAGUCAGUUUAGUUCUAGCUUAGGUUUACUGCUUUUGGAGAGAGAGAGGUUAGCUUUAAGCGUUUUCCUCUAUGAAUGGACAAAAAACAUUUUUUAAAAAUUAAAAACUGUAAUCUGCCAGACCUGAGGGCACACACCUUUAAUCCCAGAAUUUAGGAGCAGAGAUAGGUGGAUCUUUGUGAGUACAAGCGCAUCCUUGUUUGGUCUACAUAGUGAGUUCCAAGCUAGCUAGGGCUGCAGUAGUGAGACUGUGUCUUAAAAUCUGUGCUCUUCCCCCACUACCCUUUAUUGCUUGAGUUCUUAGUUACCUAGUAAGUACUUUGUUUUAAUAUGUAACUAUGGUAGUUUUAGUUUGUAUUAGAAAAAAAUGUCAUCAAAUAGGUUUUCUUAUUAAAAAUAUUUAUAUUAAAACAAGUUUAAAAUUAAAGGUAUAGGUUAAUUUAUUCUAAAGGAAAAUAUUCUAAAGGAAAACACAUGUUGAGUUUGUUAUAAUUUGUGUCCCCUAUAUCCAGAGUGCUGUAACAGAUAAAUAGGAGAGAUGAUCAAACAGUGUGAAAACUGCUGUCAGUGGUUUAGGCAUGGUGCUCUAAGCUUACAGAGCUGCAGAAGUAAACUCAGUGCAUUGGGAUGAUCAGGACUUGCUUCCUGAACUGAGCAGAACUGGUGAGCAUUAUGUACUUGCAGAAUAAGGUUGCUAGGGAAUGAUCAACAGCCAGCUGUGACUGAGUCUAGGGCAUGUGUUGUGUAGUGGCAAGAUAGAAGCAGCAGUGGUGUUACAACAGGCCUUAUCUGCAUAUUGUUGGGAGAGAGUACUAUUUUGAUACCAAAGAGAGGCUGUUGAAUGGAUUUAAUCAGUGAGGUGAUAGGCUGAGUUUCAGAGGAUGCUGAGGUGAAGACAAACCACCACUUAGGAGACUGCUUGUUGCAUUACGUUAGUUCAUAGGAGAAAAGACGAAGGUAUGGCUAAGGCAUUGGCAUUAGACAGAAGCCUCUGUGUGGUUUAUUCAUAUGGUCUUCGCUUUUUAGGGAAGUAGUAGUGUAGGUAAAUUGAAUGGAAAUGUUUAAGGAGAGUGGGAAGACAGGGUUGACCUGCAUUUUUGGUUUCCUUCACAUUUUUUAGUUUGGAUAACCAUUUGGCUUUUAGAGCAAUAAUUGAUAGAUAGUAUACAGAAAGAAGAAAGAACUUGGCUUUUUUUCACAUUUUUUGUUUGAGGAGAAAAAAGGUCAGUUUUGAACUUAAUGAAUCUGAGGGGCUUGUGAGACAUUUUGGUUAAUGUCUAGUAGCAAUUGGCAUGGAAGUUCUAGAAGUUGAGAGAUGUGGCCCAGCCUGGAGAGAUUUGGGAAUCUUCAGCAUUUGGGAGUUUGGAAUCCAAUGUUUUCUAUGGUAGUACCACCUGAGCUAAUUUAAAUGGUACAUAGAUAAAUACCUGGAAGGUUUUAGUAGUGCCUUAAUGUGCAUAAAAACUUUCAUACCAAACCUGUGAUAGCAUGGACGUUAUUAUUUAGGCUAAGAAAAAAAUGGAAGGGAAAUAUUAAGUAAAAAUUCAUGUAAUAAAUAGAAACGGCAAAAAUCGUGGUUAAGCUGCACAAAUGGUGAAAGUUCAGAAAGUGUUGCUGUGAGCCGUGGGUGUGUGGGUAAGGACAUGCAGAGAGAAUAAGAGUGGGGAGAAAGGACAGUUGCCAUUGGGUGGCAGGGAAUGGACCAGAAGAGCACAUGAAGGAGACUGAGGAAGAGCAGCCAGACCAAUAGGAGGAGAACCAGAAGAUGGUCUUUGGAGUCCAUAUGAAGAGUCCUCAGAAGGAGGAAGUGGUCCACAGUGUCAAGUAAGUUGUAAGCUGAAAAGUCCUCUUUGGAUUUAGCAAUUAAGGUAAACUAUUUAGCUGGCAUCAUCUAAAAACAGUAGAUUUUAAAAUUUCAUCUCCAAUACUAUUAAUAGCUAGUAUUUAUUGUAUUUCUUAACAUGGGUGGUAUCUUGAAAGUACUUUACAUGUACUAGCUGAUUAGUCAGGAAGUAGUAUUGUGAUUCCCUCUUGGUAUACAAAGAAACAGAAACACAGAGAAGUAAUUUGCCCUGGAUUACACACCCAGGCAAUGGGAGCAUCAGGGUUCCAGCCGGGUCACUCUGGCCCCAGAGUUCAUGCUGUGAACCAUUUUGCCACACUGCCUCUCUAGUUAAACAAAUGGAACAUUAGAAACUUGCACCAGCAUUUUUAUCACAGUACAGUUGUGGCUGUGUGUGGUGUCAUGAGAUCUGCUAGACUUGAAUGACUAGCAUCAUGUUAGAGGGACUAGAGUCUGCCAGUUGUAUUGUAAUUUAUACUGUGGUGGUGAUCUUGUGGGUUAUGACAGAUCUUGUCUUUUUCUGUAUUUAUAGUAGAAACCAUAUAUAUAUAUAUAUAUAUAUAUAUAUACACACACAUACACACACAUACACACACAUACACACACACAUACACCACACACACAUACACACACACACACAUACACACACACAUACACACACACACACACACACACAUAUUUCCUAGGAUAGCAUUUUCCAUAUUACGUGCCUUAUUUUGGCUGCUGUGGUGUCUUUAAUUUUUUUAGCUAUUAUGUAAAUUUCUUAUACUGGAACUGUUCAUGCAGAACAGGCAAACUUCUCAGAUAUUAUAGAUGACCAUUUUAUUGUAGAUGGUCAUGAAUGUCCUUCUUAAAAGUAGUUUCCCUCAAAAGGUAGAAAUGGAAUCAAAUUGUAGGAAGCCAAGAGAGGAUGAAAAUAGAGGACUCAGUAGGAAAGGGAAGAAAAUUGUUGAUUAGGUUGACCAGCAGGAGGUGAUGGAAAAGAAGACAGCUGUAAUGACUGGUGUGGCCAGAGAGGACUUGCUUAGAAAUGAAGUAUUAAAAACAGUAGAUAAGGUGUGAGAAGUGGCCCUGGGAAAGAAGAACCUAGUGGAGUAGGUGUGGCAUUUAUGUUGGUUGAGAAGGGCACCCUCAGCAUAGGCCUUAAUAUGGCUGGGAUGGUGGACUUGGAAGAGAAAAGACUGAUUGCCAGUGUUCUUAAAUGUGAAAACAGUCAAGAGCCGAGUAGGUGGCUAGGAUGAGGAAAAGUAGCUGUGGUGAGUUACUGUAUGUGUGAGAAGAUUGUGAGGGCUGAGUACUGAGUGAAUCCUUACUUGGGGAUCUUGAGCAGAUUACUUUUAUUUUAUUGAAAUGUUUCAAAAUACAUUUGUACAGGAGAGAUGGUGGCUCGACUCUGCUGUGACAGUGACUGUGAGGAUUAGUGAGAAGACGCCUGUGGAAGAACUCAGCCCCGUGUGUGACCUGUAAUGUGAAUAGUUUUCAAGAAGGCUGGUUCUUCACUUUAGAUUUUGUCAGGUUUUCAUAUGUCAAACUGAGCAUAGUGUUUCAUUGAAGAAAUAGGACUGUGCAGCAUGGAUGACUUUGCUGAGGGAGGUCUCAGUUUGGCAGAUGAUAUCUUACUGGAAGAUUACCCUUAUGAGGAUGACUGUAUCUGUACUCCUGACUUUACCACUGAUGAUUAUGUUCGAGUAACCCAGCUUUACUAUGAAGGCGUGGGUAUGCAAUAUAAAGAUUAUGCCCAAAGUGAGAAAAAUUUAGAGUAUGACAUCUGCAAUAUAUGGUGCAGUAAGCCACUGUCCAUCCUGCAAGAUUACUGUGAUGCCAUUAAGCUGUACAUCUUCUGGCCACUUCUCUUUCAACAUCAGCACAGUUCUAUAAUAUCAAGAUUGCACCCCUGUGUAGAAGCCAUCCGUUCUCGUGCUGCUGAGAUAAGUUUGAAGAAAUUACAACAUCUUGAGUUGAUGGAAGACAUUGUGGAUUUGGCAAAGAAAGUUGCAAAUGAUUCAUUCCUUAUUGAAGGCUUAUUGAAAAUUGGUUAUAAAAUAGAAAAUAAAAUCUUGGCAAUGGAAGAUGCUUUAAAUUGGAUAAAAUACACGGGUGAUGUAACAAUUCUACCUAAAUUAGGAUCAGUUGACAGUGGCUGGCCCAUGUUAAGUAUUUUCUUUACUGAAUAUAAGUACCAUAUUACUAGAGUUGUAACUGAAAAUUGCAACUUGCUAGAAGAAUUUAGAAGGCAUAGUUGCAUGCAGUGUGUGAAGCAAGGAGAACUCAUGAAAAUGAGAGGAAAUGAAGAGUUUGCAAAGGAAAAGUUUGAAAUAGCUGUUAUUUAUUACACCAGAGCCAUUGAAUAUAGACCUGAAAACCAUCUUCUUUAUGGUAACCGAGCUCUCUGUUUUCUUCGUAUGGGGCAGUUUAGAAAUGCACUUAGUGAUGGAAAGAGGGCCAUUGUUUUGAAGAACACCUGGCCGAAGGGUCAUUAUCGUUAUUGUGAUGCUCUUUCUAUGCUGGGGGAAUAUGACUGGGCCCUGCAAGCAAACAUAAAAGCUCAAAAACUCUGUAAAAAUGACCCUGAGGGAAUCAAGGAUCUAAUUCAGCAGCAUAUAAAGUUACAAAAACAAAUAGAAGACCUACAAGGUCGGACAUCAAAUAGGAAUCCAAUUAAAGCUUUUUAUGAAAGCAGGGCUUACAUACCUAGAAACUCAUCAGCACCUGCUUUUAGAACAUCACUUAACUUUGUGGAAACAGAAAGAGGUUUCAGGAAAACUAAGUACAGAAUGGCAAAUGGCGGUGGCCAUCAGAAUCAAAAGGUGGCAGAUGAGGCUUUGAAGGGGGACGAUUGUGACUGUCAUCCUGAAUUUCUGCCACCUCCAAGUCAGCCUCCAAGACAUAAAGGAAAACAAAAGUCACGGAACAAUGAAUCAGAAAAGCCCAGUUCUAAUUCUCAAGUGACUUUACAAGUAGAUUUGAAAAGCAUUUUGGAGAAACAAUUUUCAAAAUCUUCCAGAGCUGCACACCAGGAUUUUGCUAACAUCAUGAAAAUGUUAAGAAGCUUGAUUCAGGAUGGGUACACGGCCUUGUUGGAGCAGCGCUGCCGCAGUGCUGCCCAGGCCUUUACAGAGUUACUCAAUGGCUUAGAUCCUCAGAAAAUAAAGCAAUUGAACCUGGCCAUGAUUAAUUAUGUAUUAGUAGUCUAUGGACUUGCUGUUUCUCUCCUUGGAAUAGGACGACCUGAGGAACUGUCUGAAGCCGAAAACCAGUUUAAGAGGAUCAUCGAACACUAUCCCAAUGAGGGGCUUGACUGCUUGGCCUACUGUGGAAUAGGAAAAGUAUAUUUGAAAAAAAACAGAUUUCUCGAAGCUCUUAAUCACUUUGAAAAAGCAAAAACUUUAAUUUGUCGUCUCCCUGGAAUUCUAACUUGGCCCACAAGUAAUGUGAUUAUUGAAGAAUCUAAGCCAGAAAAGGUCAAGGUGAUGUUAGAGAAGUUUGUUGAAGAAUGCAAGUUUCCUCCUGUGCCGGAUGCUGUUUGUUGCUAUCAGAAGUGCCGUGGGUUUUCCAAAAUCCAGAUUUACCUAACUGACCCAGACUUCAAGGGUUUUAUACGAAUUAGCUGUUGCCAAUACUGUAAAGUAGAAUUUCACAUGAACUGCUGGAAAAAGUUAAAAACAACAACUUUUAAUGAUAAAAUUGACAAGGAUUUUCUACAAGGAAUUUGUCUCACCCCUGACUGUGAAGGAAUCAUUUCUAAGAUUAUCAUCUUUAGCAGUGGUGGCCAAGUUAAAUGUGAAUUUGAACACAAGGUCGUAAAAGAAAAGGCUCCUUCAAGACCUGUUCUGAAACAGAAAUGUUCUAGUCUAGAGAAGUUAAGACUGAAAGAAGACAAAAAAUUGAAGAGAAAGAUCCAAAAACAAGAGGCAAAAAAGUUGGCACAAGAAAGAAUGGAAGAGGACUUAAGAGAAAGUAAUCCACCUAAACCUGAAGAGCCGGAAGAAACUGUAGAAAGCGCUCAGAGUUGUCAGUUUCUUGAUGACAGAAUCCUUCAGUGCAUAAAGCAGAAUGCUGACAAGAUUAAAUCUGUUGUGUUGAACACUUCCACGCUUCUCAAAGAGUUGCUGUCUUGGAAGGUUCUGAGCACAGAAGACUACACAACAUGUUUUUCUAGCAAAAAUUUUGUUCAUGAAGCAGUGGACUAUGUUAUCGGUCACUUGAUUCAAGAAAAGAACAGAGUAAAGACACGGAUAUUUCUGCAUGUUUUGAGUGAGCUUAAAGAGUUAGACCCCAAGUUAGCUCCCUGGAUCCAGAGACUGAAUAGCUUUGGCUUAGAUGCCACAGGACCCUUUUUUACUCGCUAUGGAGCAUCUCUCAAAGAGCUUGAUUUUAACAUUGUGACUUUCCUUUGGAGUGAGAAAUAUGGCCAUAAACUAGGUUCUAUAGAAGGAAAGCAACUUGAUUACUUCUGUGAGCCAGCAUCAGUAAUGGAAGCACGCUGCUUAAUAUGGCUGCUGGAAGAGCACAGGGACAAGUUCCCCGCCUUGCACAGUGCUUUAGACGAGUUCUUUGAUAUAAUGGACAGCCGAUGCACUGUGCUAAGGAAGCAAGACAGUGAUGAAAUGCCGUUUGGUUGUAUCAAGGUAAAAAACAAAGGCAAGAAAAAGAAGCCAAAAGAUUCAAAGCCGAUGUUAGUGGGAUCUGGAACAGCAUCAGUAACACCAAGUAGUGAGACUGUCACUCCAGAAGACCAUAACAGGCGCAAUUCAGAUUCUGCAGGACCAUUUGCAGUGCCUGACCACCUUCGGCAAGAUGUGGAAGAGUUCGAAGCUCUUUACGACCAGCACAGCAGCGAGUAUGUUGUCCGAAAUAAGAAGCUGUGGGAUAUUAACCCCAAACAGAAAUGUUCAACUCUGUAUGAUUACUUCUCUCAGUUGCUGGAAGAGCACGGCCCCUUGGAUAUGAGUGAUAGGAUGUUCUCUGAGGAAUAUGAGUUCUUCCCUGAAGAAACUCGCCAGAUACUGGAGAAGGCAGGAGGGCUGAAGUCGUUCCUCCUGGGCUGUCCUCGAUUUGUUGUGAUUGACAACUGCAUUGCAUUGAAAAAAGUUGCCUCAAGACUCAAGAAAAAAAGAAAGAAGAAAAACAUUAAAACUAAAGUUGAAGAAAUUUCAAAAACAGGAGAAUAUUUACGAGUUAAACUUCCACUAAAUCCAACUGCUAGGGAAUUUCAGCCAGAUGUAAAGUCUGAAGCAGCAGCUGAGGAUGUGACGUCCAUACCAGGACCUGCUGACUCUUCAGCACCAGCUGCUGAGGAUCUGAAGCCCCAGCUGGACUCUGAUAGCUCUUCUGGGUCAGCUUCAGAGGACAGCAGACUGGAAGUUGUCUCUCCUGACUUGCCUACACCACUCUGUGAGGAUGCUUCUCCUUCCCCCACACCAGCUCCUGAAGAUGCCAAACCAACUUACUGGACUCAGUCACACCUGGUCACAGGAUUCUGCACAUACCUUCCUUUUCAAGGAUUUGGCAUCGCCCAGUCUCGGCCAGCGUACAUUAACAUGGUACCAAGCCUGUCCCAGUUCACUAGCAUUUACACGCCUUUGGCCAACAUUUCUUCUGAGUAUCCAAUGCCAAGAUCCAUGCCAGUGGUACCAUCUUUUGUAGCCAGCGAGAGAGCAGACGGAAAUGCCGCUGCAUACUUUGAGAGUCAUCGUCUGAACACUGAGAACGCCUCUGAUGACCACACUGCCUCUGAAACACAGAUCCUGGAGGGUCCUUUGGGAAUGUGCGUAAAGUCCCAGAGCAGCACAGCUGAUGCCCGGACAGCUCUGAGUGAGCCUGAAGGAAACAGCAGACACAGUGGGAGCUCUGACAGCCUGUGGGAAGCUUCUCUAGAAAACGUCAGUGGAAUAACAGAUGUUCCACCAGCUCCGUCGGUUGCCAUACAGGUGUCCAGGAGCUUGAUACAUCAGGAAGUCAAUACUGAGCCAUAUGCACCUUUUGAAAGACAACAGGGGGACCUUUCCCAGAAGGAGAAGGAGUGCCACCUGCUCAGAGAGCAGCUUCAGGUGGCCUGUGAGGAGUGUGAGCAGAUGGAACUCAGGAGCUCACAGGAGACCAGGGACCUGGAGGAGAAGCUGCAAAGGCACGCGGAGGAGAACAAGAUUUCAAAGACGGAAUUAGACUGGUUCCUCCAAGAUUUGGACAGAGAGAUUAAAAAGUGGCAUCAAGAGAAAAAAGAAAUCCAAGAAAGGUUAAAAGCCCUGAAGAAAAAAAUUAAAAAGGUUAUCAAUACCAGUGACAUGUCUGCACAGAAAAAUGAUGGAUUAGAUAAAGAAUGUGAAUCACAGCCGGACCAGUCCCUUGGAAUCAGCAGUGCACUCACAGAUGAGAAGGCAAAAGUAGAGGAGUCUGUCAGGAAAGGGAAGGAGCUCUAUGAAGAGAGUCAGCAGAGAGCUGUGGCUGCAGAGGUGUCUGUGCUUGAGAACUGGAAGGAGCGAGAAGUCUGUAAACUGCAGGGCGUGGCAACACAAGCAGAAGCCUGUCUUAAAAGCCUGAAGCUGAUGAACAGUGACUCUGCAGCAUAUCCUGAUGUGGAGUGUGAUAUACUUUCGUGGGAAACAUUCCUUUCUACUGUAACAGAAGAAAUUGAGAACACAAAGUGUCAGUUUGAAGAGCAAAUUAAGGCUAUUAAGAGUGGCUCUCGACUCAGUGACCUUUCCAGUGUACAGGUUUCUGAGCUUUUAUUUCCUGCUUGUUCAAUGAUUCAUCCUCAGUUACUCUCUGAGUCUUCAAGACAUGAGGAUCACGGGCUAGUGGCUUGUGUAGACAGCAUGACUGGAGCAGUCCUCAACGAUCCGUAUGUAGGGCCUGAUAGUGGCUGCUCAGAGGAAGUUCCAGAACUGUCACUGGGAUCGCCUACCCAUCAUCCAGAAGGUGCUCAACAGUUAGAGGUUAAGAAGGCUAGCCAGGUGUCUCCAUCAGAACAGAACCCUGAGGCUGAUGAAAAACCAUCUGGGCAGGCCACGAGGUCAAGCCAGUCUCAAAAAAAUCCUUUCAACAGUAUUAUUGAACACCUGUCAGUGAUAUUCCCAUGUUAUGCCAGCUCCGAGCUUUCUGGUUUUAUUAAAAAAGUUAGAAACAAAAGCAAGAACUCAUUCUCGGGAUUAAGUAUUGAGGAGAUUGUUGAGAGAGUAACAGAACACAUUGUCGAGGAACAGAAGAAGAAGAAGCCAAAUCCAGGAAAGGACAAGAAGACAUCUGAGGCUCAUCCCGCUGCCUCUGUGUCCAAGUCUUCCCCGAGUCCACCCUUGGCAGCUGCUGGACCAUCAGCUAAAACCAAAGGCCAGAAAAAAGAUGAUGUCCCUGCACCAGAUGGAAAUUCCUGUCAAAUAUGCCAUGAAAUAUUCAAGUCAAAAAACAUGCGUGUGCUAAAAUGUGGGCACAAGUUUCACAAAGGGGUAAGAAUUAUCUUUGCCUUUAUAGCAAACAUUUUGAAAAUAAAAGUGGACUUUUUUUCUAGGAGUCUAUAUUGUGUUUGCAAAAACAUUUUUAGUUUGUAAAGCUCCACAUGAAGUGUGCAUAUGACUGUAAAAAUAGGUGUCUUGUUGGGGAAGUGGGUCGGGUUCUCGGGCCAGGGGUGUCUGUAGUUCUGUAGAUGACUCUUUCUGCCAGUCAUACCAUGGGCAGAGAAUUAUAUGACUGCCUAGCUAUAUUGGCUCUGAGACUCUUAAUUCCCUGAAGGGUGGUUUCUUGUGUGACUAAAUGAGUAAAUUGUACCCUGUGUCUGCUAGGUGUAGUAUAUGAAGCUCAGUUUACAUGCUAACGGCUGCUUCUGCCUAGACGUUUGGUCCAUGUCCUUCCAGGACUAAUUGUCUCCAUAUCGUGGCACUGCCGGGUUAAGACAGAUCAGGUUAAACAUAAAGUACUAACUAGAAGGAGUGGAAAAGCUUGCAGAGACUCCUUCAGAUGUGACACCACUUGCUUGGGCCUUCUGGCUUCCUAUGACUGCCCAGCCAUGUGACAGCAGUCCCCCAGCCAGGAGCAGCAGCCUGGAAUGUAGCACACAAGCUGGUGAGGAACAGUACUGAGUGAUUCUGUGGCCACAAAACUCCUUGUACAAAUCAGUGCAGGAAGCCAGAAAAGCUUAGACUGAGGCCAGGGUUUAAGGGAGGACAAGGCCCUUCGUGAGAUGAUGAAUCCAGUUCUGGAGCACUGCCCUGAGCAGCCAUUGAUGUCUUAAGUGUUGGCAACACCAGACUUAGAGGUAAUAUGAGCUGUAUCCCUGCCAGAGUCCAGUGAUUUGAAGGAGCCAAGGCCCAUGUGUUCCCAAGGGCUCCA